AUGGUAAUUGGUUCAUUUAAUCUGUCGCCUUGGCCAAUAUUGGGUAAUAAAUUAGUAGUGGUAUCAAUUUCAUUUUCUUUUUCUUGUUUAAACUUGAGAAAAUCGUGGGUUAAUGAAGAGUCACUGCUAUACCUUGCUAGUGGAUGCUCUUUUACGGAAUUACACCACGAAUAUCGCCUCGGAAUUUCUACAAUAUCUGGAUUUGUUGCUCUAGUCUGUGAAGUUAUAUGGAACAAAUUAAAAGAAAUAUAUAUGCCACAACCGUCUACAGAAGAUUGGCUCGAAAUUUCAAAUAAAUUUGAAACAUUUGCAAAUUUUCCAAAUUGUAUAGGCGCAGUUGAUGGUAAGCACAUCAGAGUUAUAAAGCCCACAGACACAGGUUCAUUGUAUUACAAUUACAAGCAUUAUUUUUCGAUUGUAUUGAUUGGUGUUUGUGACGCUAACUACUCAUUUGUCGCCAUAGAUGUUGGUGCAUACGGAAAGAGUAGCGAUUCGUCAAUUUUUAAAGAAUCUUUGUUUUAUAAAAAACUGAUUAACAAUUCUCUUAAUAUUCCUAAUCCAAAACCAAUUUCAACAUUAAACCCAGAACCAAUGCCAUAUGUAAUAGUUGGUGACGAAGCAUUUGGUUUAUCGGAAAAUAUAAUGCGCCCAUAUGGUGGUAAUAAUUUAACCAUGUCAAAAAAAAUUUUUAAUUAUCGGCUUUCAAGAGCUCGAAGAUAUAUAGAAUGCACAUUUGGAAUUCUUUCCAAUAAAUGGAGGAUUUUUCAUCGACCGUUAAACGUGAAACUUGAUUUGGCACAAAAUAUUAUUAAAGCUUGUUGUAUUUUACACAAUUUUGUUAGAGUAAGAGAUGGAUAUCGGUAUGAUGAUACUUUAACAGUUCAAGGAUUGGAAAAUGUACCUAUAGAAAAUCAAAAUGUAACAAGAGGAUCAAGAACUGCACAAGCUGUGAGGGAUAAAUACGCACAUUAUUUUAUAACUGAUGGUCAAAUUGAAUGGCAGUAUAGUAAAAUUUAA